UGCAAUGGUGGUGUUGGACGUUCCUAUUCAUCAGCACAUGGCAAGUUUAUUAAGGAAAGGAAAAAAAAAGAGAAAAAAGACUCCAGCAUACACACAGAUGGGCAGAGAGCUGCUGUUGCUGCUGCUGCUGCUGCUGCUUCUGCUGCUUUGCAGAGGGAAAAGCAUGCCAGUUGGCUUUUGAGUGGAUAAUUGUUGCAGUGAGAGCAGUGACGUUGGAAACAACUGUUGUCUGUUUGAAUUACUUAUAACAUCACCAUGAAAAGAAAUACCUGUGAUUCGCUUUCUCGGAGCAAAAGUGCCUCUGAGGAAACACUUCAUUCCAGUAAUGAAGAGGAAGACCCUUUCCGAGGGAUGGAGCCCUAUCUUGUAAGGAGGCUUUCAUGCCGCAAUGUUCAGCUUCCCCCGCUCGCCUUCAGACAGCUGGAACAAGCUGACUUGAAAAGUGAAUCAGAGAACAUUCAAAGACCAACCAGCCUUCCCCUGAAGAUUCUGCCACUGAUUGCUAUAACUUCUGCAGACUCCAGUGGUUCUAGAGGCUGGAAAGUUCAAGAUCAAAGCACCAAUAUUAUUGCAUUCUGCUGUGCCCCUCAGAUAGAACAGGACUCUUGGAGUGAUUGCUGGGACUGCAGAACAUUUCAAGCAUGGGAAGGUUGGACAUGGUGGAUUCCUAAGACAGAGGAAGCAUAGUACAUUGCCUAAGUGGAUUCUGUGGAGCCACAUGAACAUAACCCAAGAAAGUAGCCUUCUACAAGCCAGGAAAAGAACACUCAUCAGAUCCCAACCAUGCUGGCUUCCUGAUUUCAGACUUCUGCAUCCAGAAUGGGAUUACUCUCUUGCAAUGAAGCUGACUACUGAAGAGUGAGAUUUUCUUCCAACUAUUGAGUGACAGACUUGAGAACUGAAAACUACUCUGACAACCUGGUUAUUAUCUUACAAUGUAAAGAGAGGAAUCCUUACAUAUGUUGGUAAACCUAGUUUAGUGGUCAUGUCUAUCCUUAAGCUGAUACAUAGGAAAAAUAGGAUGGUGCAUAGUACUGUUUCUCAAACUUUAGUGCAUGACUUGCCUGA